AUGGCGGAAUUCACUCAUGAAAGUACAGAAGACCAUGAGGAAGAAGAUUUACAGGAGGAAGUGUUAGAUUUUGCUCCAACAACACUGGACGACUCUCUGCCAGAAGUGGAAGAUCCUUUACAGGAAAUAAACUUAGGGACAGAAGAGGAUCCAAUACCUACUUUUAUUAGCGCACUGUUGAAAGAACCACUUAAGAGUCAGCUCAUUGCACUUUUGCAGGAGUUCAGAGAUUGUUUUGCUUGA